AAAAUAUUACUCAAAGUACAUUGGAAUAAUCAAUCCAGCCAAAUUUACUCCACCAUAUGAGGAAUAUGUUUAUUAUUCUCCUGAUAAAUGGAUAGAAGCUAAGAAACAUCAGUUAAGACGACGGUUAGAUAAGGCAGUAUACGGACCUAUUCCCGAUUUCUCAGGAAGGUUUACGUUUGAAUUAAUAAGUACUAUUAGCUAUUAUGAAAAGUACUAUGUAGUGUUGAGAAAUGGACCAGACACAGCUUUCAUGCUGGUUAGGUGA